AUGACCCUUCAUGAAAGAGGAUUUUUCCUCAAAGCACCUCCAGGACCGAAAGUCCCCAUAACGACGGACGGCAAGACCGCCGCAUCAGAACGCGCCACGCCUGCCUCCUCUCUCUCUCUCUCUCUCUCUCUCUCUCUCUCUCUCUCCACACUCCCCUCUUCCACACCCACCGCCGCUGUCCCCAGCUAUGCGCCCCGCUUCGUCAACCGCGUCUGGAGCGCGAUUUCGGGGAGUCGAUCUGCAGCCGCCCGGGGGUAUACCACUAAACUGUCGCCGUUCGACUGUCCAGCGCUCUCCGCCGACGGUCGGCGCGCGGAGCCCCAGCCGCCGGUUCAGGGGCAUGGCUUCAUCCAUGAGGUAUCAGUUUCCGCGUGGGCGAAGCGCCGGCGCGAUCUGGAUCAUGUGUGUCUAGAACCAGCGCGGCGGGGCCGGGCACGCAUGUGGUCGUUAGGACCUAGCAUUGUUGGGUAG